CAAAUCCAUCUACCAUCCAUCGACCCAUCAGCUAAUACACAGAGAUGGGCAUGCUCAAAGACCCCAGUCAGAAGUACAAACCCUUCCCACAAGUCCCCAUCCAAAACCGACAAUGGCCCUCGAAGAUCCUGGACAGGGCACCCCGUUGGUUGAGCACAGACUUGCGCGAUGGCAACCAAUCCCUCGUGGAUCCCAUGUCUGGUGAUGAGAAAUGGGUCUACUUCCAGCUCCUUGUGGAAACAGGCUUCAAGGAAAUCGAAGUCGCCUUUCCCUCUGCUAGUCAGACAGAUUUUGACUUUGUCAGGCGAUUGAUUGAGACGCCCGGCGCAGUGCCUGACGACGUUUCCGUGCAAGUCCUUGCGCCAUGCAGGGAGGAACUCAUCAUUCGCACAGUGGAAUCUGUCAAGGGUGCCAAGAAUGCAACGAUACACAUCUACAAUGCCGUUUCGCCGUGCUUCCGUGAAGUUGUCUUUGGCAAUACCAAAGAGCAAACGGUCGCCCUAGCAGUCAAGUGCACAAAACUCGUACGAUCCCUCACCAAGGAUUCUCCCGAUGAAGCGUAUCGCAAGACAAAUUGGGCCUUUGAGUACUCCCCAGAGACCUUUUCCGAUGCCGAACCGGAUUUCGCCCUCGAAGUCUGCGAAGCCGUCAAAGCAGCUUGGGAGCCAAGUGUUGAGAACCCCAUCAUCUUCAACUUACCAGCAACUGUGGAGAUGUGCACACCGAACGUGUAUGCCGACCAAAUCGAAUACUUUUCCACCAAAAUCUCAAAUCGAGAAACAGUCUGCAUCUCGUUGCACCCACACAAUGACCGCGGCUGUGCCGUUGCGGCCUCUGAGCUGGGUCAAAUGGCCGGUGCUGAUCGUAUUGAGGGUUGUCUCUUUGGCAAUGGCGAACGCACAGGCAACGUCGAUCUCGUCACCCUUGCCCUUAACCUCUACACACAAGGUGUUGCACCGGCCCUUGAUUUUUCAGAUCUCGCCAGAACAAUGAAGAUCUGCUGUGCUUGCAAUAAAGUCCCUGUACACCCACGUCACCCGUACGCUGGUGAUUUGGUGUUUACUGCCUUUAGUGGAUCUCAUCAAGAUGCCAUCAAAAAGGGCUUCAAGCAUCAAGAAGGCAAGCAAUUUUGGAAAGUCCCUUACCUCCCCAUCGACCCAGCAGAUCUCGGUGCUACCUAUGAAGCUGUGAUUCGCGUGAAUAGUCAAUCUGGCAAAGGUGGUGUGUCGUACAUUGUUGAACGGGAACUCAAGUUUGACUUGCCACGUAACUUGCAGAUUGCCUUUUCUCGGGUUGUGCAAGCGGAAGCGGAGCGUGUGGGUAAAGAACUUGCACCGGCGGAGAUUGUCAAGUUGUUUCAAGUGGCGUAUGGCUUGGAGGAGCAAAUCUUUUCCUUGUUGCAUUAUGCAGUCAAUGAAGUGCCUGGUGCGGAUGAACCUGUUUCCAAGGAGUUCAAGGGACAAAUCAAAAAGGCUGGUGACAAGGAGUACGAAAUCAAUGGAUUCGGUAAUGGUCCCUUGUCGUCGUUGCUCGAUGGUAUGAGCAAGUUGUUUGACUUUGAUGCCGAAAUCAAGACGUACACGCAGCAGUCGCUCGGUACAGGUACCAAGACGAAUGCUGUUUGUUUCAUUGAGGUCAAGCGCACCGACAAUGUCGCAGAAGGAUCUAUCUGGGGUGUCGCCGUGGGUAAUGACACCACCGCUGCUAGUUUGCAAGCUGUGCUCAAUGCUGUCGGCGGUACGAUUGAAGGUGGUCAGCAAAAGAGUGGCAAUGCCAGGAUAUCCUCAAAAGAGUAACCCAAAAAAGCACUUCAUUAUCUAACUAGUCAUUUCCAUUUUAGCUUUACGUUUCUUGCUUCACUUCAAUCUUCGCCUUGUCGU